AUGCUAGUCUUAUGUGUUAUUGUAGCGUUAUUCUCGCUUGGGACUGCUACAAUUACGAAGUUCGACCGAAUACCAAUUCAUGGUGCAGGUGUUAUUUAUCAGGGGUUCUACAUGUUUGAUAAACGAUUGUCUAUCCCUAAAAGUUCUUCUUCCUAUAUUGAACUCCUUGUCGGAAUUUCGAAGGAAAACCCUUCGUGGGACGCUCAGGGAGUUAUUCAGGGCGCCGUAUUAUCGAAAGAAGCUUUUGAAGCAAUGGGUUACGUCCGAAAUAACACGAAGUAUUUCUGCUGUGACAAGAUUGCGAUUCAACGUGGAAUUUGCGAGGAAGAGCAGACUCUGAUUCUUCCAAAGAAGUACAAGGGGGAUGGCCAAAAGCGCUAUUUAUCCACUCGUCUCGUUAUUCCGAAGGAAGGUCUGUAUUACUACCUAAUUGGUUCUUGCAAGCUCGAUACGACCAACGUGGCUCUUUCUGGCUACAGCGUGACAAUGAACCCAUAUGGACAUCUUCCAGCGACUCUGUACGGCGUGUACCCCUUCACCAAGAUUUUGAUUUGGCUCUACCUGUUUGUUUUUUGCUAUUGGAUGUUUCGAUGCUGGAAAUAUUCGCAAUCUCUUCUUUUCAUUCAUUACCUCAUCUCGCUUGUACUCAUCUCGUUCCUCCUCUCUCUCUUCUUUUUCAACUUCCACUUGCAUACAAUCAAUCGGCUCGGCACGGCCAACUCCGUCGUUUCUUUCUUAUCCACUCUUUCGAUGAGUCUGUCGCGCGGAGCCGUUCGCAUUCUCCUCCUUUACAUCGCUCUCGGAAGCGGAUCGGUGCACAAUGAGAUCCGCGUCUCGCCCUCUGCAGCUGUCUUCCUCGUUCUGCUUUACACUUUAUUCAAAACGUCCGUAACACUGAAUCAGGAGACGCAGAGCCCGUUAUCGCUGGCGUCUACGGCGAUUCCGGUGAUGAUCGAGACGGUGAUUUCGAUCGCUAUUUUUUCGUUCGCGAUGGAAACUGUGCGGAAAUUGGAGAAAGAGCAGCAGACGACCAAGCUGUCCUCGUUCUAUGCGCUCUUCUCCGCGAUGGGCGUUCUUUUCGUGCUGUCGCUCGCGUUCAACGUGCUUCUGCUCAACGCCGAUCUGGAACGAAUCUUCGAUCGGUUCUGGAAGUUGCAGUGGAUAGCGACCUACGGACAGUGGGAGAUUUUGCUUUUCAUUCUGAACGUGGUGGUCGUUGUAUGGAUCGAGGUGUUGUGGUCUCCCGUGGAGAACGCGGAGAAGUAUGUGAGCCAUAUUCAGCUGGCUACGGAUGAGAAUGUGGGCGUGGAUGUGGAUGUGGAAGGAAAGGAGGAGAUGGUGAUGACUCUGGAUAAGAACGAAGAGGCGAAUACUAUGGUGAAUUGCGUGAAGGAUGAAGCGUUUAAGCCGAUGACAAUUGUUCAAUGA